GCCCAGGCCACGCCCCCGAGCGCGAGCGCCCGCGCGAGCCCUCGGCCUCGCCCUCCGCAGGCCCCGCCCGACCCCGACGCCGCCAUGGCCAGCACCGCCCAGGGGAAAUUUGACUCACUGGACCUUGCUGAAUUCACAAAAAAACAGCCAUGGUGGCGUAAACUCUUUGGUCAGGACUCCGGACCCUCUACUGAGAAAUACAGCGUAGCAACACAGUUGGUGAUCGGAGGGGUCACAGGAUGGUGCACGGGUUUCAUAUUCCAGAAGGUUGGAAAGUUGGCAGCAACAGCAGUUGGAGGGGGAUUUUUUCUACUUCAGAUUGCAAAUCAUUCUGGCUACAUCAAAGUGGACUGGCAGAGAGUGGAGAAGGACAUGAAAAAAGCUAAAGCACAGUUGAAAAUCCGCCAAAGCAACCAACUGCCCACAGAAGUUAAAAGCAAAGCCGAGGAGGUGGUUUCAUUCGUGAAGAAGAACGUUCUCGUGGCCGGAGGCUUUGUUGGAGGAUUUCUGCUCGGCAUGGCUUCGUAGGAGGAAAACAUCCGUGCCUCCAUUUGACAGGCUGCCUUGUCCAGGCUCCAUUGCUCCCAUCUACCCUUUCUCCUUCCCCACUGCUCUUAGUAAAGAGAGAGUUUUCCCAACUGGUUAAAUCAUCACAAAUUCUGCUUUUUUCUUUGGUCAAGCUCAAUUUGUCUAAGACUGGAAAACUUCUAUUACCUUCUUUUCAUUUGCUCCUGUAGCCAUAAUCACCAGUCUUGUCAGUGUGGUGCGUCCAUCUCCCCGAUGCCCCCUCCCCUCCUUCCAAACGCAAGACUUCCUAAACUUAUCUGUGGCAUGGGAUAACUGAGGUGGCCACAAUUAUAUCAAGAAUAGCAUGAUAUCUCUCCUCAGAAAACACUCUUAGCCGUCCUCGCUUAUGUCAAUGCUGCUAUGUGGUCAGGUCUUCUCUACUAACAGGCAAGAUCAAGUUUCCUCCCCUCACAGAUUUCCUUUUGGAUUGUGUGCUCGAAAGAUGUCUAACUGUGGAGAUGAUUCAUCCAAAAAGAUUGCCUCUCUUUAGUUGGAUGAGAAACUGACAGGCAGAGAAAUGUCACGCAAACACAGCCUACAUGGUGGAGGGUGUGAAUACAUUGGCCAUUAAUCCCGCAAUGUUGUGGUGGACUUGCCUUGCUGUUGCUUCUUCACCCGGUCUCUGUCUGCAGGCAGCUAUUUGGCAUCUGCUGAGUUAUUUAUAUCUUUACUGGAACUCCUACUUUGGCACUGUGUUUGGAAACUCUGAAUGUUCUCUGAAGCUUUCCCAAAGACAUACCCUGUGUAUAUACGAAUGAUUUAUUGUGACUUUCAAAAUGUAUUUUUCAGCACAAAACACAAAUUUUCCUUCCAUCUGCUGAAGGGACUUAUAGCCGGCACAGCCAGUGAAAAAUAAAGAAUUCAAAAGUUUUAUUUUUAUUGCAGGUAGAAAAGCUCAAAGGCUUAAUUGCCCAGAUGGAGAUCUCAAUUUCAUUUGACCUGACAGUAGUGAAGCAGUUAUGUAACAUAACAUGCCACCUCUGUUCCCCUAUUUUCCCAUAUUUUCUUUAGUUACUUUGGAAUCAGCAUUUGCCCCAAAGGACUUUAUAUAAGAAUAUAAAGGUUCCAGACAUAUAACUCUGGGAUAUCAAACUAUUCUAUAGUCCCACUUCAGUUCUGAAUAUGAGCUAGAUGCUUCUGGAAAUAAGGGAUCUGGUACCCAUAGAGAUUAGAAUAUUCAAAUCUGUUCUUCUCCCUGAUCCCUAACCUCCUGAAUUUUUCCCGUUUUUAAAGAACUCCAACAAUACCACAACAUGUUAUUUUUAAGGGUUUAUUCUUUGAAUGGUCAUGCAAAAUAAAGGAAAUGUUAUUUUUAAAGAACUCCAACAAUACCACAACAUGUUAUUUUUAAGGGUUUAUUCUUUGAAUGGUCAUGAAAAAUAAAGGAAAUGUUACAUUUCAUCUGAGCUUCUGAAGAGGCAAGGAAAAAAUAAAGCUGAUAUUUAUCUUGAUAUGUAGCAAGUGAUAUAAUCAAUUUUUCAAUGAGAAAAUAAAUGGUUAACCAAGAUAAC